GGAUGCCUCCGCCGGAGACGGAGACCGAGCCGGAGUUCGCCGAGGUCGACCCCACCGGCCGCUACGGACGGUACACGGAGGUUCUCGGCAAGGGCGCGUUCAAGACGGUUUACAAGGCUUUUGAUCAGCUCGAAGGGCUAGAAGUUGCGUGGAACCAGAUCAAAGUCGGCGACAUAUUACGGAACAAUGAUGAUUUGGAGAGGCUGAGAUCAGAAGUGCGGCUGCUUAAGACCCUCAAGCACAAGAAUGUAAUCAAAUUCUACAAUUCAUGGCUUGACAAGAAGAACAACAAAAUAAAUUUCAUCACAGAAGUCUUCACAUCAGGAACACUGCGCCAGUACCGUAUUAAGCACAGGAAGGUAGACAUUAGAGCUUUGAAGAAAUGGUCAAGGCAGAUCUUGAGUGGUUUGGUCUACCUGCAUGGCCAUGAUCCACCAAUCAUCCACAGAGACUUGAAAUGUGAUAAUAUAUUUGUGAAUGGAAACCAGGGCGAAGUUAAGAUUGGAGAUCUGGGGUUAGCAACCAUACUAGACAAUGCACGAUCGGCUCACAGUAUCAUAGGCACACCGGAAUUCAUGGCUCCUGAGCUCUAUGAUGAAGAAUACAAUGAGCUUGUAGACAUUUAUGCAUUUGGGAUGUGUUUACUGGAGCUUGUUUCAUUUGAGUACCCAUAUUGUGAAUGCUCCAAUGCAGCACAAAUAUACAAGAAAGUUUCUGAUGGUGAAAAACCUGCUUCACUGGCUAAGAUUGAGGACCCUGAAGUCAAAUUCUUUAUAGAGAAAUGCAUCACCCAAGCUUCCCAAAGGCUCUCAGCGCAAGAACUAUUAGUGGAUCCUUUUCUCCUAGACGUUGAUGAUGAGAGGAUAUUUUAUCCACCGUCAAAUGCUAAUACGUCAGAUACCGUUGGCAGUUCAAACCCAAGCUCAAAUUACAGAUAUGAUAGAGUACCAUCAUCUGUUGGUUCCCGAGAACAAACAGGUAGCAUGCAGGGUUCACAUGUAAGUGAUACCCACAUACAUGGCAACAUUGAUCGACAUCCUUCCACCGGUCGAAUAAUCACUGUCGAGAGUCAGCGGAAGGAUCUAAAUACAAUUUUUUUGAAAUUGAGGAUUGCUGAUUCAACAGGUCAUGCCCAAAACAUCCACUUCCCAUUUGACAUUGAAGCAGACACUUCGAUUAGUGUUGCAACCGAGAUGGUUGUACAAUUAGAUCUUACAGACCAAGAUGUCACAUCGAUUGCAGAAAUGAUAGAUGCUGAAAUACGGGCACACAUUCCUGACUGGUCGUUUGAUGAAUCUGUCGACACCCAAGGAGAUGAAAUAGCUAAUUCUGAAAACGGCAGUUCAGAAGCCGACGAUGAGAUUUCUGAGCUGCGUAAUGAACAUGAUGCGACUAAUAAUGGUUUCACCCAAGAGCAGCUUCCUUCUGGGCGGAAGUACUGGUCUGACUCACCUAGAAGAGACAAUGAAAUCUCUCACUCGGUUGAGGACCCACAAAUUGGUGAUAGUAUGCCAAAUGGGACAUUGAAACAAAAUGAUGCGCAUGAUACUGAGAGUGAUGAGAAGCCUGAGUUAGAAGAUAUAUGUGGGCGUAUAUCGUGCUCUUUGACUCUAUUGAACCCAUCUGGGGUCGGCAGGAGUUCUGCUGGAGCUUCUGCUGGCACUAGCUCUUGCUCCUCUAACGAUGGGCAUAGCACAACAGAUCCUGCUGAAAGGUUAGCAAGUUUGUUAUCGCAGCAACAAGAGGAGCUGAGUGUGCUGCGAAAGAAGCACAAGGCUGACAUAGAGGAAAUCCUGAAUGACGUGCCUGCGCAGCAUCGCGAGGAAACUUUGACUAGGUGUCGGUUGAAGGCAGAUCAGAAAAACAUAUGACAGGAUUUAGCUGUAACUCCAUGUACAUGUUUGCUGCGUCUUUUUCUUAUGCCGGCACCGAGGAGUUGCUUAGAAUCAUUGUUGUGCAUACUUGGUCGUUGCCUUUGAGCUGGUCUCCUUUUUAUGGAAUGGACCAAGCUUUAUGUAUGGUACUCCUGAUCGAAGCUGUUUAGGGGUUUUUGAAGUCAACCGAAGGUUUUUGAUCAGCUAGCCAAGUCUACAGAUACCAUUAUCAUGCCAAAAAAAAAUUGUUCAUAAGUACAAUAUUUUCCUUUUCUCCCUUUUUGUUGUAAGUUGUAAUGUCAACCUUUUUAGAUACAUGGAUGUUUGCUUACAUGCAAUCAGAUAUAAUGUUGAAUUGUUCCCA